GGCCAGCCCGCCGUUCUCAGGCCAAGCAUUGCAUCUCUGCGGUCGAGCGAGCAACCCGGCAGCCCAGCCCAGCAGCAUCUCCCACCCCGCCCCAGCAGUUUAUCCCAGCAACCCAACGCGAGCCUGCCUGCCAUGGGCCCGUUCGUGUGGCUUCUGUUCCUGUCCUUCUCGAUGCUGGCUGGGUCAUUCCUGGCCGGCAAUCUGCCGCUGCUGGUGCAUCUCACCGACGACCAUCUGAAUCUUAUUUCGACCUUUGGCUCGGGGCUUCUCGUCGGGACGGCCUUGAUCGUCAUCAUUCCCGAAGGCGUCGAGACACUUUAUGCCGUCCAGGGUGUCCGUCAGGUCGUUGCUGAUCCUGAUUCCUAUCCCCAGGCCGAGCAGCAUUCGGUGCACCCGGACGAGCCGUCCAGCGGAGCGCAUUCACACAACCCCGCCUCGCACAGCGAAACGAACCGGGGCUCCUUGGAAAAGAAAGCCAGUCCCUUGGUCUCGCGUGGUUCAGACGAAGGCGCGACCCGAUCCGGCCUGUUCGAUUCGCAGAACCCUGGCAAAUCCGAGUCCGACGACAGCCAUACGGACCACCAGCACAGCCAAGAGGGCUUUGCUGCCCAUCGAUACAUCGGCCCUGCGCUCUCCGUCGGAUUUGCGUUCAUGUUCCUGAUCGACCACUUUGGAAGCGCUCACGACCACCACCACACCUCGCACAUUUCGGUCUCGGAGUUCCCGUUGCCACGCGCCGUCGAUGUGCUGCCGGCCGAAAGAUCCAAGACCGCGGCCACAGUCGGGCUGGUUGUCCACGCUGCGGCCGACGGCAUAGCGCUGGGCGCUGCCUCCUCGUCGAGCCGAACCAGCCUCGAGCUGAUUGUCUUUGUCGCCAUCAUGCUCCACAAGGCACCAUCGGCCUUUGGCCUCUCGACUUUCCUUCUGCACGAGGGACGCUCCAAACGAGUCGUGCGCCAGCAUCUGCUGGUGUUCUCCCUUGCGGCUCCACUCGCAGCCAUCAUCACCUAUAUCUUUCUCAAGCAGGGCUUCUACAACGCUGCAGCUAUGCAGAAGUGGACGGGCACGCUACUGCUCUUCUCUGCCGGCACCUUCCUGUACGUUGCCACGGUGCACAUCCUUCCCGAGAUAUAUGCCAACCACAGCAAGGGCUCCAAUCCCGGUACCAGCCCCGUCACAGGCACGACCGGCCAUGUGCACGCCAAGAAUCUCUCCAUCCUGCAGAUCAUCGCCUUCCUCUGCGGUGUGUUUGCUCCGAUCAUUCUUACGAUCGAGCACACUCACUAAUACAACGCAUACCUAAAGAGA